AUGCUCUUCGAAGACUCUGAGCAUCCAAAUGACUAUGAAGGGCAUUACUUUGACCCCGGAGAGGCUGCCUCGAGCACUGUGUUUUUUAUAAUCGGCGUUCUGUCGGUGUUUGUAUUCUUGAGGAUAGCGCUAUACCACUAUCGUCAUGGGUUCGAGACUCAUUUUCAGAAGAUAUUCUUCGUAUGUACAGCAAAUGAUCUUGUCGCACAUUACUCGUUUAUGUUCCGGGUACGCAUCCCAACCUGGGGUUUCUUCGAGGUCUUUUGGUAUGUGAGGGAAGGCUUCUUCCCGGGGCUCGUCAGUUGGAUGAGCGAGUAUUGCAUAAUGUUCCAAUAUCUCGGAACACUGCUAAUUGCGUUGAAUCGAGCGACGGCGUUGGCAUUUCCCUAUAAAUAUGUGAAGAUCUGGGGCCCUUACACGUGGCAUUACAUUGGUAUCACCGCCUUGAUUCCGCUAAUUUAUCGCGCCCCAUCUUUCACGGCCACCAGCAAAUUCUACCGCCUCGGCUGGGGCUUGUAUAUACCGCAUACUACUGAAAAUGGCGAUUUUGCGGUAUCUGUCCAAAAGGGCUACUAUCCCAUCUGUGGCGUUGUCAUUGUCCUGACGCUACUCGUCAACCUCUACACGGCCUUUAAACUUUUUACCUACACCAAAGCCAUGCAUAAAAGGGAGCUUCGUUUCCAUAUCACGACACUAGCUCAGUUUUCCGCGCAGCUGAUCAACACGCUGGAACUGAUCCUUGUCAACACGAUUUAUCUCAACGAGAGUUAUGUCAUCUUCCUUCUACAACCAAUAUUUGCUGAUAUUGCCAAUUUUUUGCCUUUAUGGGUCCUGCUCCUCAUCUCCGAAGAAACGCGUCUGAUGGUCGCCGGUCGACACCAGAUGCCAAGCUCGGUGUCAGUGAUUUCCGUAACGGAGUAUCUGAACAUAAAAGUUGUACGA